AUGAAUUUAUUUUCGCUAGAAUUCAUACUAAGUGUGUAUCUCGUACUAGACAUCGUAGUCGGUCAAUACCACCCGACUUCGUGGGAAACGGACAUGGCAGUUUUUCGGAAGAAAUGUGUGGACAGGCACAACUACUACAGGAAGCUUCACAGAAGUCCACGCUUGUUUCAAAAUACAAAGAUUAACUUGUGGGCGCAAGGGUGGGCAGAAUACAUUGCAGGGAUAGAUCAAAUGCGACAUCGAGAUGGCAAUCCGUACGGUGAAAAUAUCUACAUGAUUGGACGAGUUCCACAUGGCUACCAACCAAAAGCGAAGAAUGUGGUCGACGCUUGGUAUAAGGAGAUCAAAUACUACAAUUACAGCAACCCGGGGUUUCGCCUUAAAACAGGGCAUUUCACCCAGGUGGUGUGGAAAGCAACGCGAAGGUUGGGUUGUGGCUGGGCGCGUUCGUAUACAGGUUACAUCUACGUGGUGUGCAACUACGAUCCUCCUGGAAACUUCCGUAACAAAUUUAGCGAAAACGUCCUGAAGCCAUAA